AUGAAGGCUUCUGGCUUCCUGGCCCUGAUUAUCAGCCUCAUCACAGUCACAGAAUCCAAAGUCUACACUCGAUGUAAACUGGCAAAAAUAUUUGUGAAGGCGGGCCUGGACAACUACCGGAGAUUUAGUCUUGGAAACUGGAUCUGCUUGGCAUACUAUGAGAGCCACUGCAACACCACAAUGCAGACGCUCCUGAAGGAUGGGAGCACUGACUAUGGCAUUUUCCAGAUAAACAGUUUCACGUGGUGCAGAAGAUCAAGGCUACAUCUAACACAUCAGAAGAACCACUGCCAUGUGGCCUGCUCAGCCUUGGUCACUGAUGGCCUCACAGAUGCAAUUCUGUGGGCAAAGAAAAUUGUGAAAGAGAUGCAAGGGAUGAAUUAUUGGCAACGUUGGAAGAAAAACUGUGAGGGCAAAGACAUGUCAGAGUGGAAGAGAGGAUGCGAGGUCUUCUGA